CUCAUAUUCUCCUACCUGACCAAAGUCAAGUUCCUCUACUACAUCGCCGUGGAAUACGUAAGUCCAAGAAAAAUUCGUCAAGCUGAAGAAGUCCCGCCAACCUAAGUCUCCGCCCAGGUGCAGCACGAAGGCAAGCGCAAGAUCAAAGUCACGUAUACGCACGCCCUGGCGUACAGAGGCCCGCGGACGGUCAGCCGCUUCAUGUAUCUUCUCCACAGCCGGUCGAACAGAGCGCGGGACUGGUCGCUGCGCUUCCACGACGUAGCUGGCAAUGCGAGGACCGCGUAUGCGGAACCGUACAUCAUGGUGGAGAUCGUGGAAGCGCUGGAUACGCUGGUCAUCCUGCGUCUGUUCCUCCUCCCGAUCGCCCUCGCUCUCGGGACGGGCGCGUCAUAUGCAGCGCCGACGCGCGACUGGGGCGGCGCCUUCACGCUCGCCUCGCUCGCGAUCGCGGUUCUCGCUGUGCUGCUGGCGGUUCUGGCGCUGAAUCAGUAUCUGGGGAUGGAGAGGCUGAUCGACGACGAUGUUGGUGAGGACUUGGGGGGCGUGUAUCGCUCGCACUAUGCGGAUGAAGUUGUGCGCAAUAGGGGGAGGUCGGUGUAAUUAAUGCAUUCCCGGGGAAGGCUAUACAAUGCUGUUUGUUGCAGUGUAUACGCGCGACG